CGGGUCGCGGCCCGGCCCGGGCCCUGCGCCGACCCCGCCAUCGCCGCCCGGGCGCGGGGGCUGCUCCUGGGCCCGGCGGGGCUGCCGGGGCACAGCGGGGCCCUGGACGUGCGCGCCGUGGCCGAGCGGUGCCGGCGGGCGCGGGGCGAUCGCGCCCUGCGCGACCUGGUGAAGGCGCUGGAGCUGCUGGAGCUGCUCUGCCUCAACCUGCUGCUGUGCCCCUGGCGCAGGGAGAUCCGCUCGCUCAAGACAUUCACUGGUAACUUUGUCUACUAUAUCCAGUCAGUGCUCCCAGAUGACAUCGUCAAAGCAGUCCUGGAGAAAAUAGGGUACGUUGCAACAACAGCAACAGAGUUUUCACUUGUCAAAAAGAGAAACAAUGAGGAAACAAAGCAAACUGCAUUUGAAAUAUUCCUGGCAAGGAUCGAGUGUGAAACCAUCCUGGAAAUGACAAGUGAAGGAAAACGUGGUGUUUUGGAGGAGCCCCUCCAGCAGAGAACACAAACCCAGCGGCACCAAGGAGAGCAGGACAGAGAUCACCCACCCCAGAGAGGAGAUAUGGAAAAUCCAGAAAAGGAAGAAAGCAGUGAGACAUCUUUGUGCCUUGCUCCCCAGCAGAACUGCUCAGCUCCCUGCCCUCUGUCCUUUGAAGCUGCUGGGAAUGUGGAGAGCAAGGAUAAGUUGGCUGAGGCAGCAGCUGCUCCAUCCACCUCCAUCCCUCCGGAACUCCACAGGCGAGGCGUCGGCUCCGCGCGGCUGCCGGGGCAGUGCUCGGACAGCGAGGACUUCCUGGUCAAGUACAGUGACAUUGUCAUAGGACAAACACCUAUCUUCAGUGAGAAUCGUUCUCCAAAGGCUUUUGAGACCGAGCCCAGAGCCAGUGGGAGUGAGGAAUGUGCCUUGGCUGCAGAGCCCCGGGGGGCUGAGCUGGGGCCUGUGCCGCUGUCCCCAGGAGCCAGCGGCCCCCCAGCCUUUGCCAUGUUUGCUGACAGCCCCUGUGACAGCUCAGCCCCCGGGGAGUUCAGAGCUCCACAACUGCCCCAAGAAUCCAUUGAAGCAGAAAUCAAGGAUGCCAUGAACUGCAUAGACCCAGACCCUGCCGAUGGACCCGCUGAGCUGAAGUCUCUGCCCUACACAGACUUUGCCUCUGCCCAGACUGUCCCCAGGGAGGAGGAGGUUUGUGAUCUGUCCUUAACUUUCACAAAACUACAGAUCAAGGACACUCAGGAAGAUCUGAUGUACCCAGUGGAGGAAACUGGCCAACCUGCAGCAGCAGCAUGUGCCAGUGACAGGCACAGAAGAGAAUUCAAUCACUCCAAAAUCAAACAUACAUAUCUGGUUGAUGCUGAGCCAUUCUCAGACCUGUGCUGUACUGCUGGGAACACGGAGCAUUCCACCACUGGUUCUGAUGGCAAGAGACUGUUCAUGGAUACUGGUAACACACACACAGCCUCUGAGGGCUUCAGGCACAUCAGAGAGCCCCCCAACCUCACCUACAUCCCACCACAGAGUAUCGAUGUUGGGCCUUCACACCCAAGAAGGACCAGCACACAGGACAGAAGGACCCUCCUGCAGCCUGAACCUGAAUCCAGUGAAGUAACUCUGGAGAACUGGAAUUCAGAACUGAGUGAAAACCAGGAGCCUUAUGUCAUUAUUGACAGGACCGACCAAGGAAUGUUAUGCCAUCACAUUUGAGUCUACCAGUGCUUUAUCUCUAAUCUGCCUGGGGUUUUUGCCUCUCACUUGUGGCCUUGAUCAUCUUUUCAAGGAGAUGAUUCGUUUUGUCAAAACAGUUUAAAAAAAACCAAAACCACAUCACUGCUUUUGGACAGUAAAAAACAGGA